AUGGAAGUCAUUAAUCAAAACGGGGAUAUAGUAAGUAGCCUUUUUCUUAAUCCAAAUAUUUGGCAGGUUCCUCUUUUGCGGCCGAUCAUUUCCUUGGCCUACCGUAGUUAUUUUUCUAAUCAACACCAGAAUACUCACAAAACUAAAAAUAAAAGUGAGGUUAAAAAAACUACUAAAAAGUGGCGUCGCCAGAAAGGAACUGGUAUGGCACGACAAGGUCCAAGGAGCAAUCCCCACUUCGUUGGUGGAGGCGUAGCUCAUGGACCACGAGGCGAAAAAAAGUCUCCUCUCGUUACCAACAAAAAAGUCAAAAAAAAGGCUUUACAAUCACUGCUAAGUGAAAAAAUACGCCGUAAGGAAAUAAUUAUUAUCGAAAAGAUUAUCCUCGAAAAUUACAAGACGAAAGAGGCCGAAAAAAUACUUAUCAAUUUGCUAAACAAAAAAGUUAGUAGUUUAGUUAUUUUAGGAAAAGAGGAGGAAAAUAAAAAAGAACUGAGUCAGGCUUUUCGCAAUUUGCCUUAUGCCAAAAUUACCGAAAGUCAGAAUAUUAAUGUUUUCCAAGUUCUAACCCCUCAUUAUCUUAUUUUCACCCAAAAUGCCUGA